AUGAGCAAGAAUAACGAACUCGUCGACGACCUCGUCGCAAAACUCAAACGACGCCAGCUCGUCGGAUCCUCGGCCGUCGCCCAUGCAACCCUCAAGCUCCUCAUUGUCGUCAUCUCCAAAAACAACUGGUCCACCUGCAACCAGCUCCUCAACAUUGUCAAAUCCGUCGGCCAAAGACUCGUCCAGGCCAACCCAACAGAGCUCGCCGUCGGCAAUAUUGUCCGUCGCGUCCUCCACGUCAUCCGCGAGGAGUUCCGCGAAGCAGAGUCGAGUGCCGCGACCAACAAGAACCAGUCAGAGUUCCAUGCUGCUCCUCUGACCACCUCCUCGUCCAUGUACAACCUGCUUGGUGAGACCAGCUCGAUCCCUGACGACAAUGUGCAAUACCCAAGCAGUUUGCGGAGCAACAUUAUCCAGGAGAUUCGCGAGAUCAAGGACGAGCUCGAAAACAUCUACGACAGCAUCAAGAACCAGGCAUCGCUCCAAAUUCACUCAAACGAGAUCAUCAUGACUAUUGGGCGCUCCAAGACCGUGGAAGAGUUCUUGAAGAUGGCUGCAGUCAAAAGAAAGUUCCAGGUGCUCGUUGCCGAGAGUGCGCCCUCAUACUCGGGGCAGGAUAUGGCAGUGGAGCUUUCGAAAGCGGGAAUUGAGACGACAGUCAUCCCUGAUUCUGCCGUCUUUGCCGUCAUGUCGCGCGUCAACAAGGUCAUUCUUGGAACACACGCUGUUUUGGCAAAUGGAGGAUUGGUGGCGAUCUCAGGAACACACAUGAUGGCAGCAGCAGCAAAGCACCACUCGAUCCCUGUGGUUGUGUGCACAGGAUUGUACAAACUCUCACCAUUAUACCCCUACGACGAAGACAGCUUUAAUGUUACAUUCAACCCAGACUCUGUCCUUGGCUUUGAGGAAGGCGACUUGAUCGAGAAGGUGACAGUGACCAACCCCUACUACGACUAUGUCUCGCCAGACUUUGUGAAUCUCUUUAUCACCAACCAGGGUGGCCACCCGCCAUCAUACCUCUACCGUCUCAUUGUUGAGAACUAUGAUCCCAAUGACCACACCUUUGAUUUAUAG